AUGCACUUCUCUAAGUCUUUCACGCUGCUGGCAGCCCUGACCAGCGGCGCUGUGGCUCGCCAUGGUCACAAUGCCGUUCAUGAAGAUCAUCUUCGUCGUCAGGAUACCGGCAGCACCAUCACUCUGACUACUACCAACACCGUCUAUGUCUGCCCGUGUGAUUCGUCGACCUCGACUAGUCUGGCGUCGAUCUCGACGCCGAUCCCCUCGACUACUUCGACCUCGACUGUUAUCUCGACUACCUCUACUUCGACCUCUACCUCGACUUCUACUUCCACCUCCGUCUGGACCUCAACUUCCUCCUCGACCGAGGUCUCUACCUCUACUAGCUCCUCGUCGACCUCUACCACUGCUGCCACGACCACUUCGUCUGGCGCCAGUGCCGACUGGUCUACCUACCCCUCCAGCGGCGACUACUGCACUGACGGCUUCGGUGGUGUCACAAACUCCUCCGGCUCGGGCGAUACUUACGUCGGCAACGUCGGCAGCCCUUACGGUAGCAACAUCCAAGAGGUCUCCAGCUCCGAUGCCAGCAGCUACAAAUACGUCAUUCAGUUCCAGGGUUCCAACACCGAGUCCUGGAAGGUCGUGAUCUGGAACAAGAUCGGCUCCGAUGGCAAGAUGGACGGCUGGUACGGCAACGCCUGCCACUCCUUCACCCUCGCCCCCGGUGCUACCAAGUACUACGCCUUCGACACCGACUCCCAGGGUGGUUGGACUGCCGCCAAGGGCUCCAUCCCUCUCAACGACUACGGUAGCUACGCUUCCACCUGGGGUGAAUUCGACUUCGGCUCUGACGCCAACGAUGGCUGGUCCGGCUUCGACGUCUCCGCUAUCCAAGCCCAGAACGCCAAGCUCACCGUCCAGGGUAUGAAGAUUUGCAGUGCCCUCUCCGACGGCACUUGCUCCUCCAUCACCACCGAUGCCGGUACCGUCGACAAUGCCUACACCGCUGCUCUCGCUGACGAGGGUGGUAUCGGUGGUAACCUGGUUGCCGGUCCCGUCCGUCUGGCUGUCACCCUGGACUACAGCGGCUAA